AUUUGCUUGGAUAUAAGAAAGUUACUUGUUCAUUUGAGCUUAGUUGUGUUAUUCAAGUGAAAGGAUACUUGCACUCUUCAACGAUGGUUCAUUUAGCACUAGUUUUUCUACUGAGUGUCUAUGGAUUUGCAUCAGCAGAUGUCAAGUCUUCAUUUGAAACAGCAAAAAUAGUUACAGACAUCAUUGACACAGCACCAACAGAUAUUAUUUCAAUAAAAUAUGGAAAAAAAGAAGUUAAUCUUGGUAAUGAAUUAGAACCAAGUCAAACAGCUCAUAUUCCUGAAAUUCAUUUUAAUCAUACAGGAGGAUAUCUAUACACUCUUGUACUUACAGAUCCUGAUAUUCCAGUCAAAGGAUACAAUCGUGAGUGGCAACACUGGCUAGUUGGUAAUAUUCCAGAGGACAAAGUUGAUCGUGGUGAAGUUUUAACAGAGUACAUUGGUCCAGCACCACCAAAAAAUUCUGGAAAACAUCGUUAUGUAUUUUUACUAUACAAACAAAAUCAAGGUGCAAUUACAUUUACUGAAAGACGUCUUGGUACUCAUGAUAAAUCACGUUCACGUUUUUCAAUUAAAAAAUUUGCUGAUAAAUAUAAUCUUGAGGGUCCAAUUGCUGGUAAUUAUUUUCUGGCACAGUAUGAUACACAAGUAGAUGCAAUUCGUCGUCAAAUUGGUAUUUACAGUUAAAAAAUUUUAAAUAAUAUAACUAAACAAUUAAGCAUUUCGAUAUAAAAUGAUGAUUUUAUUAUUAUUAUUAUUUUUUUCAAUUAUCGUUUGACGAUAUCCAUUUUUUUUUUGUAUGAUACAGACAAAUUUACACUAAAACAAAAUUAUAAUCAUUUUCUAGUAUUAUUCACCAUUGUCAGCACUUUCUAAAUAGAAAUUAUAAUAUCAUUAUCACUGCG